AUGGCUGUGUUUAUGCCUAAAUAUCGAUUGUUCUCGAAGGCGGUCAACCUGAAGCCAAACCCAAGGCAGUGGUCUGCGCGAUGGACUAUUGUGCAGCGAUCGAUCUAUGGUAGCAGACAGCUUCAGCAGCAGCCGAAUACAUCCUCCACAAACCACCACAAUCACCAUAACCACCAGCAGCAGCAGCAGCAGCAGCAUCAGCAGCAGUUCCACCAUCAGUCGACGACAGGUAAAUCCCGUAGCAAAGUUUACAGAAAGUGGAGUUGGAAGGCCGGUGCAGGUUGGACUAUAUUAUCGGUUUUGGAUUGGUGGUUACUAGCAGCCGGCGGUUGGCUGACUUGGCGCGGUGUAUUUCUUCGUUGGACACCGAUCGGUAUCUGUAUGGUGGUGGCAGCAAAGUGGCACCUUCACAAUCGUGAACUCGAUAAGAAGGGCCUACCGAGGACCGCCGCAAAAUGGCAGGCGAAAAUGUACUGCUCGCUGCCACUGCGCGUCAUGAGCCGGGCCUGGGGAUGGAUGGCCGAUCGAAAGGUUCCCAAACCGGUACGACCCAUGAUCUACGGUCUCUACUCGACAACGUUCGGUGUAAAGAUGGAGGAAGCCGCCACAGACAACUUCAAAGAGUAUCGUAGUUUAGGAGAGUUUUUCACCCGCCCGCUCAAGGAAGAUGCUCGUCCAAUCGAUCCUCAGACCAGUUUUGUUUCACCAUGUGAUGGGAGAAUUCUCCACUUCGGUACCGCCAGCACUAGUCAAAUCGAGCAGGUAAAAGGAGUGUCUUACAGUUUAGAGGCCUUCCUAGGACCACCGACAUGGACCAAAAAGGAUGCCCCAGAAAUGGUGGAAAAGGUGAAGAAAAAGCCCUCACCCGACAGUGUGCUGUAUCAGUGCGUCAUCUACCUAGCACCGGGCGACUACCAUCGAUUCCACUCGCCCACGUUAUGGAAGCCGGAACUACGGAGACACUUUUCCGGUGAGCUGUUGUCGGUUAGUCCAAAAAUUGCUGGCUGGAUUCCGGGCCUGUUCUGUCUCAACGAAAGGGCCGUCUACAUCGGCAAGUGGAAACACGGGUUCUUCAGUUACACCGCAGUGGGAGCUACCAACGUAGGCUCGGUGGAGAUUUUCAUGGAUGAAAAGCUGAAAACUAACAAAUGGGUCGGAUUAGCUUGUGGCAGUCACAAAAAGAAGGAGUACGACGAGUUGGAAAUGCCUAACGAUAAGUACCUGGACAAGGGUGAACUGGUCGGCCAGUUCCGGAUGGGAAGCACCAUUGUGUUGAUCUUCGAAGCGCCUAAAGAAUUUAAAUUUAAUCUCUUUCCCGGUCAGCGUGUGAAAGUCGGAGAGAGACUUGGAACGUUCGAAGGAACGGAGGAAACGACAGAAGAUCCAGCAGAAGUGAAACGCGUGAUCGAAACUUUAGACGAUACGGAAUCGACACAAUUAUAA